AUGGAAUGCUAUUGUGAUAUACAUUUACAAAAUGAUGAUGAAUAUUUAUUGGAUGAUAAGAAUACUCAACCAUUAUUACAGAAUUUCGAAAUAAAUGUUGAUAAACAAUGUUCGAUAUGUAAAUAUCGUUUACCAUCUGAAACAAUUCAUACAAAACCGAAUGGUCCGAAAAUAUGGUCAAAUGAAAAUGGCUUCACAAAUCAUACAGAAAUUAAUACAAUUAUACCAAAAUAUACAACAAAUCAUAGACCAUUUACACCAAAUUCAUCACGAGAUAGUGGUGAUUCCACGUUUUUACUAAAUGAAAUAGAUAUUUCAUCUCCGGACGAUUACAAAGAGUAUCAUUGUCAUCAUACACCUAAAGAAAGAUCACAAAAAUGGGUGUUCAGGCGGUUAUUAUUAACUUCAAUUUUAUGCUUUGUAUUUAUGAUAGCAGAAUUAGUAGGUGGCUAUAUUGCUGACAGUUUAGCAUUAAUGGUGGAUUCUGCACAUAUGUUAAUAGACGUACUUGGAUGUUUUAUGGCAUUAUCAGCCAUAUUUAUUGGUAAAAAGAAACCUACCAAAAAAUAUUCAUUUGGAUAUUAUCGUGCAGAAUUAAUUGGUGCGUUAAUUAGUGUUUUAUUUAUUUGGGGUUUAACUGGUAUUUUUGUAUUUUGCGCAAUUAAAAGAGUUAUUACCAAUGAAUAUGAAAUACAAAGUCUAACAAUGCUUAUUGUAUCAAUAAUUGGUCUUAUUGUUAACAUAUUUCAAGUAAUUAUACUUCAUGGAUUAUGUAGCACAACAAACGACACUUCGCAUACUCAUAUAGAACAUGGACAUGGACAUUCGCAUAAUAUAAAUUUAAGAGCUGCAAUGUUACAUGUAAUUGGAGAUUUUUGUCAAAGUAUUGGAAUUGUUGUUGCUGCAAUAAUUAUAAUGUUUUAUCCUCAUUUACAAAUUGUCGAUCCAAUUUGUACAUUUAUAUUUUCAAUAAUAGUUUUAUUUACAACGCGCACAGUAUUUCAAGAUACAUUAAACGCAUUAAUGGAAGGUUUUCCAUUAACAUUAAAUCAUGACCAAAUAUUUGCAUCAUUAAUUCGAAUACCUGAUGUUAAACAUAUACAUAAUUUACAAGCUUGGACAUUAACUAUGGGUGUGCAUAAUUUAGCUGUACAUUUAGCUGUUGAUAAAUCAGCAGAUAAAGAAGCCAUUUUAAAGACAGCAACAGUAUUGUUAAGGACUGAAUAUAACAUUCAUCAUUCAACCAUACAAGUUGAAACAUACAAUGAACUUGUUAUGUUAAACUGCCAGAAUUGUCGCGUACCAGACGAUUAACAUUUGGCCAAUGUUUUAAUUUGAGUAGAAUUCAUUUUUAUUUAUAAAACUUUAAGUAGCAAAAUGAUUAUAUAUAAUAAUCGAUUACUAUCCGAAGUCAACAAACUUGGUACAAUUAUCUUUAGUAAAAGUUACCAAUUUUUUGUUAAUGUGAUUUUUUUCAUAA